CACAGUCAGGCUCAGUCUCUUCGUCUGUCGGUGGUGAUCUCACUUGGUGCAGGCUUCUCAGGAACCAGGACACCAGCCGUGAUGCAGCGGGCUUUGUUCAGCCGGAGCGCGCUGCUCGCCCAGCAGGCAGCAGCAGCGGCCCUCGACAGUCCGCUGGCCGCGAGGAGCGCGCCCCUGCUGCAGCGACUGGACCGCUCCAUGUCCUCCGUCACCAUCCCGCCGCCGGCAAGCUUGCUCCGGCCGCUGGAAGUUCCACCCCGUUACCUGUUUGGACCGGGACCCUCAAACGUUUCUCCACGUAUCUUAGCUGCAGGGUCCAGGCCGAUAAUUGGUCACAUGCAUCCAGAAAUGUAUGAGAUCAUGAAUGACAUCAAGCGAGGGAUCCAGUACGUCUUUCAGACAGAGAACAGCAUGACUAUAGCAGUGAGCGGCUCCGGGCACGCGGCCAUGGAGUGUGCGGUGUUCAAUACGGUGGAGCCCGGAGAGAGCGUGCUCAUUGCCAUCAACGGAAUCUGGGGCGAGCGCGUUGCAGAAAUUGCAGAAAGAAUGGGUGCCAAUGUACAUAGAAUGGUAAAAACACCAGGAGGUUAUUUCAGCAAUAAGGAAAUUGAACAGGCCAUAGCAAAACACAAGCCUGUCCUGUUUUUCCUCACACACGGAGAGUCCUCUGCUGGCCUCUGUCACCCAGUAGAUGGCAUUGGAGACAUCUGCAGAAAACAUAACUGCCUCUUCCUGGUUGACACAGUUGCAUCUCUUGGUGCAGCACCAAUUUUUAUGGACAAGCAAAAUAUUGACAUCCUGUACACGGGUUCUCAGAAGGCUCUAAAUGCGCCUCCUGGCACAGCACCCAUCUCCUUUAAUGACAGAGCAUGCCACAAGAUGUUUAACAGGAAAACCAAACCAGUAUCCUACCUCUUUGAUAUGACACAUUUGUCCAACUACUGGGGUUGCGAUGGCAAACCAGCCAGAGUAUACCAUCACACUGGUCCAGUGUCUGGAUUCUUCGCCCUGAGAGAGAGUCUGGCAAUUCUUGUUGAGAGGGGGCUGGAGGAGUCCUGGAAGAAACACAAGGAUGUGGCAGCCUACCUGUACAGAGGACUGGAGGACUUGGGUCUCAAGCUCUUCAUCCCUGAACAGGACUUGAGGCUUCCCUCCGUCACCACCAUUGCCAUCCCUGACGGCUACGAUUGGAGGGAGUUGCUGGCCUACAUCAUGAAACACCACCAGAUGGAGAUGACUGGAGGCUUGGGCCCUUCCAUCGGCAUGGUGAUGAGGAUCGGAUUGAUGGGAUACAACUGCGAGAAGACUAAUGCUGACUUGGCACUGCAUGCCCUGGCAGACGCUCUCAAGAACUGCAAAAAGAGCAAGGCAUAAGAGACCAGUGCAUACAUUUCAGGAAUUUGUCUGUGCUUUUGACUGCAGAGAUUUUAUAAAACACAGGCUAUGUACCUUUCUUGUAUAAUAGGCUAGUUUUGAAAUAAAGGAGCAGAUAUUGUCAUAUGAGUGCACUGAAAGAUGUCAAUAAAGUGUGCUUUAUUUUAUCAAA